CCUCCGGGGGCCCUCACCGGGCCUCGGGAGCGUCAAAAAGCGACUCAGGAUGCAAAGCUGGUCAUGGGGAAAGGGUCGGGACCUUUGGGGGUCGACGUAAUGAACAAAUGAUUACGUCGGGGGUCUGGGUUUAUAGACACGCUAUGUUCAGUUUCGGAGAAGAGGCCAUUGCCCGUGAUGGGGCCUCGCGGGAAGUCCACGCCCACUCAACAUCUUGCAAUUGUGCUAACAGCUGUAACUUGGGUUUCUUGAGCUGCGGAACAGAACAGAACAGAUAAGUUCGACGAUGGGGGGGAAGACAAAAAGCCAGGAAUUAUGAGCAUAUGGGGGAUAUUUUUAUUUGUGUGUAUUUUUUUGUGUGUCCUGGGGCCCCUCCAGUAAGUCCCACUUCGCGGAAUGGGGCGGGGGGGCCCGUCCCCCCGCACACGUCUCCAAGCCAGGCCCUCUCAACAAAAACAGCUCCGCCAACGCCCGAGAGAGUCUCCGAGAGAGGUCAUCCUCGAAGGAGAGCAAGCGGCGAAAGCAGAAACCUUCGGAGGUCCGCGUUGAUUUCCGGCAUCGGCGCGGGGCCCCCUCUGUGGCGCCUCCGGCGCCGCCCCCUGCGCGCUCCUCGCGCCGGAGAGGGGGGCUCCAGCUCCGGUCCAGAGCCGCGCGGACCACUGAAAGGUGUGUGUUGAUGUAGUCUGUCCUUCUUCGAUGUCCGCUUCAACAACUUUCAGACAAAGACUGCGGGCAUGAGCGAGUUCGUGGGCUCGAAGACGACGGUGCACUUCACAGACGGCGUGCUGUACCCGACCUACGAUACUUACCACGUCCCAGGGGCCGACGUGGUGAUGUCCUUGUUCACCGAUCUCGGGCCCACGAUCCUGUCCAGUGGGAUGGAUGCAGCGGAGGUCAACAGCCUGGCAAAACAUGGCUCUCAGACCAUGCGCUUUCUGAAGGACCCCUCGACGGGCUGGAUUGAGAAAUCGGCGAUUGAGAGGCUGAAGAAGUUGUUGGGGCUGAACGGCGUAAAGCAUCCGACCAGCGGCAUGCUGGCCAUCGAUCACUUUGUCAACAUGCCCAACGUCAGACUCCCAGUCUACAUCCACGGCUUCGACUUCUUCCAAGGCCCCAAGAUGCACUACUUCGACGAGCACGAGCCGAUCUACGAGCGCGUAAACGAUCGGAUCGGAGUCAACAUGCACAGCCCUGCGAAGGAGAAGGUAUCCCUGAGCGGAUACGUCGAGAAGCUCGUUGCCGAGGGCAAAGUGCGGUUCCUGAGGCGGGACGCCCGCGCCAUCGCGCUGGAUGCUGCUCGGGGCUCGGCCCUGGCCGUCCACGCGGCUGCGGGGCUGACGGGAGGCGCUGGAGAGCUCGCAGCGGCGAGGCUCCUGUGCGCUGCCGAUGGCAUCAUCAGGUCGGCCGUGGCGCUCCUCGCUGCCCCGGUGCCGCCGCCAGCGCAGGCCCAGGCCCCAAUGGGCCCUCGGAGGCGCAGGCGCCCGCGUGGGCGCGGCGGCAAGCGGGAAGCGGGCCAACCCCUGGCCGACAAGAUGGAGCUCAGCGACGGCAUGGCGGCGGCGGAGCAGUGCGGCCUCGAGGACACCGCGCCCUCGGCUGCGGCGACGCUCGCCCCUGGCGUCGAGGUGGAGGCGACCGCGGACGGCGGAGGCGCCGACGCUGGAGCUGCGCGAGCGGGCCUGGAGCUCGUGCACGCGCCUGCGGCGGCGGCCGACGGCGACGGCGACGACAGGAUGAGCAUCCCUGAGGACGAGUGGGCCGACUCGGUUCAGCGGCGUGCCAGGCCGCCUCCACAGCUGCUGGUGCCAGCCGCCCUCCCCGCCCUGCCCGUCGGCGCGCGGGUGCGGGUCACCGAGGGCGCCUGCGCGCGUGCGACAGCGGUGGUCCUCCUCGACAUGGAGGAUGGCCUCGUCGCGAUCACCUUGGAGGACAACGUCGAGGUUGCUUUCAAGGUCCCGCGUGGCGCGCUGGAGUUGCUGGCACUGAUUGGGGAAUUGCAGCGCCAGGAUCUCGGCUUCUUUUCACGACGCGAGCACGCCUGGGCUCCGAGCCCACAGCAGGCCUUCGGCGCCAGCGGGGCGCCGGCGGGCGCUGGCCGCCAGGCCCUGGGGCGCGAGUCCGCCAAGGAGCAGGGGCCGCGAGAGGCGGGGCGCCUGUUGGAGAGGCUGCGGGCUUGCCACGGGCAGAGGUCUCUGGACCCCUACUGGGGGCACCGCUUCUGGGCCUCCGCCCGCGAGCUGGAGCGCCGGGGGCUCGAGCCGGGCGUGCUCGACGCCCUCUGCAAGGGUGGCUACGCUGGCCCACAGACGCUAACGCCGCCCGCGCUGGACGAGCUGCUGGAGGACCUGGGCUGCAUCGCCUUCCCCGGCGGCGGCCCCGCCGCGCCCGCGCCCGUGCCGGUGGCGCCAGCGGAGGCCCCGGGCUGCGGCGCCCCCCUCGGCGGCGCGGCCGCGCCCGCGCCGGCGCCGGGCACUUCCGCCGGGCGGGCGGAGCCCGAGCGGGCCGGCGGCGGUCAGCGGCCGCGGGCGCUCGCGGCGCAGGAUCAGGUGGAGGAGCAGGCGAGCGCUGGCGACGAGGUCGCCGCCAGGGCCCUGGGGCUGCUCGGCAGGCUGCCGCCCCAGCGGCGCGGGGCGGCCACCUGGGCGAUGCUGCACCGGCUGGCGCUGCAGCACGGCCGCGAGAGGUACGAGGACCCCUCGACGGGCCUCUCGGUGUUCACCUCGGCCUUCCUGAGGGGGCGGAAGUGCUGCGGCUACACCUGCCGCCACUGCCCCCACCGCUUCGACUCGACCGUCGCGCACGGCGCCCUGGCGGCGGCGGCGAACGACUGGUGAUCUCCACGCCCAGUGGACGGGCCUCCGCGGACGCGUCCGACGAGGCGUCUUCAGGGCUGAGUCCGCCCGCCUCCCUUCUCCUCCCGGGGGUCUCGUACUCUACCCUCCUCCCACCGCCCUGCCGUGAUCACGACCUGUUGGUCGAGCUGGCUCCCGAGCCGUGGCGUGGGCCCGCAGGGAGCCCCCGUCGCGGGCCGGUGUACACCUCUGGCCCGCCAAAAAAAGCGGGGCUCCCUCGUUUUCCCCGAGGUCUUCCCCGAGGCCAGUUCCGACGCGGCCGCGCGAGCAGCCACCUGGGCAGCGGAGCGCCCGAUCCGCGCGGAUCCUGCCGGCUGCCCGCAGCUCGGCCGCGGCAAGAAAGAGGAGCCGAGGGGGGCGGCCGGGGGCGGUCUCGUCGCAGGUCAGCGGCCGGGGGCGGUCUCGUCGCAGGUCAG